AUGAAUGAAUCUUCAAAUUUCAUUAAUAGUCUAGAAAAUUCUAAAAAUGAUACUACUCGUUUAUUAAAAGUUUCUAAAUAUGGAGAAAAUGGAGAAAUGAUGGUUUUAGAAUUUGAUCAUUCAUUAUAUAUACCAUUUCUUCUUUUCAUUUUUACUUUACCAAUUAUUGUUAUAACUAUUCUUUGUAUCUUAAGACAACGAAAUCGUCAAUUGGUAUCAAGAGAAAUUGAAAAAAUUAAUAAUCGUCGUUUCUCUACUACUUCUGGAUUAUAUAAUGGAACAGUUCAAUCUCUUAGAAAUAAUAUUAAUAAUCGUUAUCGUUCCACAAAUGAUAAGCAAAAAGUUUCAAAUUUUAUAGAUGAUGAUAAUUCAUUUAUUGAUACUACUAACAAAAUAAAUUCUCAAAUUAAUGAUAUUAAUAAAUCAAAUAAAAUAAUUAAAUUUAAAGGAGCUAUUGAUAUAUAA